CAAUCAGAGUUAGUUUUCCCUUUCUUCUUCCUUGUUCGGUCGGGUCGGCUACUAGGGUUCCUGGCUGCUGCUACGCGGAACAGAGGAGGAGAGCAGGGAAGAAGAAUUAGGAGAUGGAUGCGCAGCGGGCUCUACUGGACGCGCUGAUGGGCACGUCCCGGAACCUGACCGACGAGGAGAAGAAGGACCACCGCGAGGUGCUGUGGGACGACCCCGACGUCUGCGGCCCCUUCAUGGCGCGCUUCUGCCCCCACGACCUCUUCAUCAACACCAAGAGCAACCUCGGCACCUGCCCCAAGAUCCACGACCCCAACCUCAAGCUAAGUUUUGAGAACUCCCCUAGGCAUGAGACUUGUCUCCAGAAGUACGAGGCGGAGCUCGCACACCGCUGCGAGAAACUGGUGCAAGACUUGGAUAGGAAAAUUAGGCGUGGCCGAGACAGGUUGGCUCAAGAUGUAGAGGUACUACCACCUCCCAUCCCUGGUGACAAAUCUGAGCAGCUCUCAGUGCUAGAAGAGAAGAUCAAGAAGCUACUCGAGCAAAUUGAACAGCUUGGUGAAACUGGCAAAAUUGAUGAAGCUGAGGCACUUAUGAGGAAGGUCGACCUUCUGAAUGUUGAGAAGGCGGCUCUAACUAAUCAAGCAGAGAAUAAGGCUGCCAUGCUUCCACAAGAGAAGAAGAUGGAGCUCUGUGAGACUUGUGGUUCCUUUUUAGUUAUCAAUGAUGUUCUUGAGAGGACACAGUCCCAUGUUACUGGCAAACAACACAUUGGUUUUGGUAUGGUCAGGGAUUUUCUUGUCGAAUACAAGGCUGCAAGGGAAAAGAGGCUUGCAAAGGAGAAGGAAGCAGAGGAGCGCCGGAAUCAGAGGGAGAAAGGGUAUGAUAAUAGAGGCCAACGGAAUGACCCUAGGGAGAGACCUAGAGAGCAUGAUCGUGAGCGGUAUUAUGAGCGAAGCCGUGACAGAGAAAGACCCUAUGAGCAGGGAGGUAGAGAGUCAGACUAUAGAAGCAGUUCCUAUAACAACUGGAGGGAUUCUGAAAGGGGGAGGCACAGAGAUUGGAAUGGUGAUACGAGAAGAAACCCGGGGAGAAUGAGGAGCAGGUCCCGGUCUCCAAGCAGGCAUGGUUAUUAAUAAUCAUGAAGCCCAGUCAGUAACUGAAAAUUAUAACAUUUGAAGUUAUGGGAACUCGUGAGGUAGACCAUUAUGCCCCCUUUACUUGUUUAUCUUGUGCCAAUGGGCUUAAAUCUGAGUGUUGUCAUCAUCAAUCCUUACUCUGCUCUAGCAGCUUUGUUGAAAGUUUGAAACCCUAUGGUCUUCCUUUUUAGUGGGAAAAACAGAGGAAGGUACCAUCUGUCCUUAUCUAAUUUCGUGCGUUGUUUAUAAAUCUUAUUAUGUGCAUUCUCAGGUUGUGUUUUCAGUCUAGGAACUGAAAAAUCGUUAUGUGGUAGAGCUGAAAGUCGUAUUAUGAUAUACUAUCAGCGUAUGACAGGUAAUCCGUGACCUCAGUCUUACAUGUUAAAUUGAUGUACUCCGGACAUGGUUUGGUAGGACCUGGAAGAAACAUUAGGCAGAGGUAAUAAUUAUUUGACAGAAGAACAGGUAAACUUUACUAGGCAUUGGUUUUUGGAGAGUCGAUCUUGUACAUUUAAUCUCCAUUGCUAGUAUAGACCUUUUGUGCAUCACAUUAUGCGUUUGUUCAUUUUCAAGAGACAAGCACUAGGUAUCUUCAGAUAUGGUGGUCAUUAGUACAUGCGGUAUGUGUCUGCAAUCAUUAGAGGCAGGGAUCAGAACCUUUCUUACCAGAAGAUUUGAAGUAUGUUGGCGGUACAUACCUACACAACAGAGGUUUAAGUCACCGGUGCUAGAUUUGAAAUUGCACAUUAGUUCGGAUUGUCUGUAGAACCGUGAACAGGCCUACACUAUUUCAUUAUGCUUUGUUAAUACUUGAUGUAAAAUCAUCCGAUUGUUUGAGCCUUUAUAUGCUGUGUUUGCCAAAUGAGUUAUAUGAGGAGUGGAAAACAAA